AUGAACUUAAAUAGAGUCGAUAUUAACAAAUGUAAUCCUUGCUUGUGUGGAAGCAAUAUGCCUGCUUAGUUUGUCUGUCGUUUCAAGCCUAGUUGCUCAGGACUCCCUAUGUAUUGUGAGGAAGAUGAUUGCUCAGAUCAACAUAAUCAUUAAUUAUGCACUAUUGUGACUGCAAUGAAACAAAUGAAUAAAAAAGAAUCAGAUUUUAAGGAAUAAAUUACAUAGUUGAAGCAAAGAUUAGUUCAUAAUUUUACAAGUUAUGAGCCCUUAAUAAAGUUUUACUCUGAAUGCUAAAAGAUUUUAGUUAAAGAAGAAUCGAUUGUGAGACAGCAUCUAUUUUUGGAUGAUAGAGUUGCUUAGGUCGAUACUCUCAGCUAAGAUGUGGAAGUAUACUUUCAGCAAUUAGUGGUACUCUAAGAAGAAUACGAUCUUGAUGGAAUGACCUAACUAAUUGAAACCCAAGGAGAAGAAUAUAAAAAGAUAUAUAAAGAAUUAGAGUCUCUUGGCGAAAUGAAUGAUAAAUUGCUUUAAGAGAUCUAUCCUGAAGCUAUUGCAUCAGAUUACGAAAAUGAGAAAUUAAUGAAUGAAUUUUAACCAUAGAACUGGAACACAUACCACAAACUUAAACACUAUGCGUUAAAGAAGGAAAUUAAUGGAAAAGAUGAGCGAAUUAGGAAGUUAGAAUAGAAGGUUGAAGAAAUUCUACAAACAAUUAAAGAUCAAGUAGGAGUGUGA